AUGGUGCCUGAAUCUUUUGCUCUCUUUCAUAGACUGGUCGGAAGUGGUGCUGGGUUUGAUUCGGGGACUUUGGUUAGCCUUAUUCGUGGAUGUUCUCAGACAUCUGACUUGGAAAAUGGAAAAGUCAUCCAUUCUUGUAUCAUUAGGAAAGGACUUGAAUCAAAUAUAGUUUUAUCCACUGCAGUUGUUGACAUGUAUUCUAAGUGCGGUGCCAUAAAACAGGCAACUAAUGUUUUCAGAACAAUGGAAAAAAGGAAUGUAAUUACUUGGACUGCUAUGCUUAUGGGUUUAUCACAAAAUGGCUAUGCAGAGGAUGCCUUGAAGUUAUUCUGUCAGAUGCAAGAUGAAAAUGUGGCUGCCAAUUCUGUCACUCUUGUUAGUCUUGUGCAUUGUUGUGCUCACCUAGGAUCUCUCAAGAAAGGAAGAAGUGUGCAUGCUCAUUUCAUCCGCAAUGGUUAUGCAUUCAAUGCCGUUAAUAUCUCAGCCUUGAUUGAUAUGUAUGCCAAGUGUGGUAAAAUUCAUUCUGCUGAGAAGCUAUUCUAUAAGGGAUUCCAUUUAAAUGAUGUUAUACUCUGUAACUCUAUGAUCAUGGGUUACGGAAUGCACGGUCAAGGACAUCAGGCUCUUGGUGUCUAUGAUAGAAUGAUAGACGAAAGGCUGAAGCCAAACCAAACUACAUUUGUUUCUCUGCUAACAGCAUGCAGUCACUCGGGCCUUGUUGAAGAGGGUAGGAUUUUGUUCCACUCUAUGGAAAGAGAUCAUAACAUUAAGCCUAGUGAGAAACACUAUGCUUGUUUUGUCGAUCUUCUCAGUCGAGCAGGCUGGCUUGAGGAAGCAGAUUCAUUGGUGAAACAAAUUCCCAUUGAACCAAGCACGGAUGUACUCGAAGCUUUGCUCAGUGGUUGCAGAAUCCAUAAAAACAUUAACAUGGGAAUACAGAUUGCAGAUAGAUUAAUUUCACUUGAUUACUUGAACACGGGAAUUUACAUAAUGCUGUCAAAUAUAUAUUCUGAAGCAAGAAGAUGGGAAUCGGUUAAUUACAUAAGGGGCCUCAUGAGGAUAAGGGGCCUGAAGAAAACACCUGCUUUUAGUUUAAUUGAAGUAGGGAACCAAGUAUACACAUUUUUUGCUGGAGAUGAUUCACAUCCUGGUUGGGGAAAUAUUAAGCAGUUGUUAGAAAAUAUGAGGCUUGAGGCGGAGGCUUCUGGUUAUAUUCCUGAUACCAGUUGUGUUCUUCGCGAUGUGAAUGAAUCAAUGAAGGUUGAGUUGCUAUGGGGACAUAGUGAGAGAUUAGCUAUAGCAUUUGGUCUUCUAAACACACCAUACGGAAGCUUGAUUAGAAUCACCAAAAAUCUUCGUGUUUGUUUUGACUGUCAUACUGUCACCAAAUACAUAUCAAAAAUAGUUAAGAGGGAAAUUAUUGUUAGGGAUGCUAACCGUUUUCAUCACUUUGUUAAUGGGGAAUGCUCUUGUAAUGAUUACUGGUAA